UAACCCGGUGUCCUUUCCAGUCGUGCAGAAAAGAGCAGGCAUAUUAUAUUAGCAACCCUUGUCGCAUUCAAAACAAGCAUUAUAGGUUGCUUUCCUAUUUCCGACUGGUGGGUUUGGGGUCCUUGGAUUUGACCAGUCCUUGACGAGAUACUUGGCGACGGGCGUACGUAUGUCAGGCAGAUGUUAUCAGUGUUUCUCCUGCUCCCAGGAAUUUUCUGAAGUCAAUAAAUGAGCAUGCAUCCAGUUUGCCCAAGGUUCAUAAGCCACCCAGGAAGAACUGUCCAAUAUUAUGGCAUUGGGCACGAGCAUUCUCAACUCGGGGAACCUGGAAACACUUUACAAAAAGUGGGACCCGGACUUGGGGUGCAUCAGUUGACCGCUGUCACCACACUCGUUGAGGGAAUGGAGUCCGCAGUACAGACCCCCGACAACAAAAUUGGUACAAGAGAUACCAAGGUGUGUGCUGUGUUCCUGCCCAAUAGUCAACGUCGAUGCAAGUUGAGCUCGUGGUUGCGCUUCUUGAACAAUAAUGCACACUUACUACGGUGCCUGAGGGUCAGAAUGGGUGCCUACAUGCUUAGGCAUAGGACGAAAAUCAGCUCCUAUGUAUUACAUGCUGGUCAUUCUCAUGAGGAGUGGAAGCGAAACUGGUACAAGUGGUGCUUAGAGUAUGGACAUAAGCACUUUCCCACAAAAGAUGUGCAUUUCUUACCAGUUUACGAGCUUCCCCAACGGUUUUCGAAUUUUAUACGUCCCACGAAUUUUUGUGGCGUUCACGGUUGCUGCCCUACCCUAAUGUGGGCAGGCAGCCAUGCAGGAAAGCAUGUGUAAAGCUAUGCGCGUUCUGUCAGCGCGUUCACAUGUGAUGUCAUCGGGCGAGGGCCACGAAGUCUUGUUUGUGGCGCUUUAUACUGCAAAUGGGCGUGGCAGAAGGGCAGUUUUCAGGUCGGGCUU